UCAAAUUUACUCUGUUUUCUUUAAAGGUUAUAGUAAGUUUAGAUUAUGUUUAGAAUAAUAUAAUUAAUUUAACAGUUAAUGAUUAUAGUGAGUGAAGGAUUUAUUUAUUACUUUUUCUGAGAAUAAUACGAUUCUAAUUUCUUUUCUAUUACUGAUUGUCGCAAUUGUUUGUGUAUUUUCUAGUAAAAGUAAAUUUAGGAAGAAAAAAUGGCAGAAGUUAAGUCGAAAUGUAACAUACGACAACUUGAAGCAGAAGCUAAAAUAUCUGCUGUAAAUCAUGUAACAAAUAUGUUACAACGUCCUGGACAGUUAGAGAAGAUUGAACAAUACAAGAGAGGAUUAAUUCGUAAAAAAGGAUCGAAUGAGGCUCUACUGAAGUCAGCAAUGCAAAGUCAUCUGGAUGGAGUAAGAGUUGGUCAAAAUCAACUUCAAGCUUGUUUAGAAGACGUUCGAGAUAUCGAAACUAAUUUGAAGUCACUUGCAAGUCUCUUCAAAGAUGUUCCAGAUUUACGCAAUAAACUCAAUGAAGUGAGGGAAGAAAAUAUGAAGCAUUCUCAGUAUGUUACUGCCAGAGAAAACUUGAAACACAUUUUCACUGUUCCAGAAAGUAUUGAAAAAACCAAGCAAUGGAUAAAUGAAGGAAAAUUGUUGCAUGCUCAUCAGUGUUUACGUGACUUAGAAAAUUCAAGAGAUGAAUUGCUAUUUGAGUUACAUAAACUACCAAAUCAAUCACCACACGAUAAGGUCAUGUUGAAAGCAUACUUUUCUGAUGUAGAAACAUUGUCAGGUGUAUUGGAAAAGCAAUUGAGACUUAUCUUAAGUCGUACAUUAAAUACAGUUCGUAAAGAACCUACAGUCAUAGUUACAGCAUUACGUAUAAUUGAAAGAGAAGAGAAUGUUGAUGAAGAAUCUCUAAAACAAGAAAAACAAAAUGGAUUUUUACCACCUGGCCGCCCUAAAAAAUGGCGUGCCAUGGCCUUUGAAGUUUUAGAAAAGUCUGUAGCAACCAGGAUAGAAGGCACUCAAGUAGAAGAACGAGAUGAUAACAAAUUGUGGUUGGUUCGUUAUUUGGAAUUGUUAAGACAAUUGAUGCUUGAAGACUUAAGGGUUGUUAAAACCCUUUGCAUUCCGUGUUUUCCUCCUAGUUAUGAAAUUCUGGACCGAUAUAUUAAAAUGUAUCACGCCUGCCUUUCUCGACAUUUGCAGGAAGUCAUACAAAAUGGUUUGCAAGGUAACGAGUAUGUUUCUCUGUUAUCUUGGGUGUUAAACACAUAUAAGGGAGAAGAGCUUUUGGGUCAUCCUGAUUUGAAAGAGUCUACGGAAAAUGUGGGUACCCUAUUACCAAAAACCGUUUUAGAUGAUCUUCAAGGACAAUAUUUAACGAAUAUGAAAAUGAACUAUAAUGAAUGGAUGCAAAAUACUGUGACGUCGGAGAAACAAGAAUGGCGUUCCAAUAAGCCCCCCGAAGAACCCAGAGUUGAUGGGUAUCUUCGCACCGCCACCCCGAUUAUUAUUUUCCAAAUGAUAGACCAAAAUUUACAAGUUUCUAAAACUAUAAGUCAAGAAUUUACAAAUCAGGCUCUUUUACUAAGUUUAGAACAAAUUGUAAGGUUUGCAAAUGGAUAUAAAGAAGCUAUUAUAGAAUUUAAGAAUAAACACUUCGAAGACAGAAGUCAGGUUCCAUACUUUACUCAUCACAUGAUAACAGUCUUGAACAACUGUAUGCAAAUUAUUGAGCUCGGCGCUCAAUUUGAGAAACAAUAUUUGAACAUGAAUACACCGAGACUUGUAGCAGAAGCAUUUCAAAAAUUAAGAGAUACCAUUUUGCAACUGAGAAACGAGUCGGGCGAGUACUUGCUGGAAGAAGUCUUUUUAGACUUGGAAAAACAUUUCGAAGAACUUUUCUCGUCCCGUUGGCUUCUAGCAUCGAUCCCAGUGGACACAAUCUGUGCCACUUUAGAAGACUACUUUCAAGACUAUAAUCGUCUGACAGAAGAAAAUUUCGAUUACGUAAUAACGCAGGCACGAAAAGGCGUCACCAAACGAUACUUAACAGCAAUGUUAUCAAGGAAAGUGUCUUUUAAGACAUACGAAGAAUGUUUAACGGCUGCCAAGAAAAUUGCCAAGGAGGUUGAGCAAUUAAACAGAGUUUUUUGCAGCAAUCUUCCAAAUAUAGAAGAAAAAGAGAAUCAAUUAGACGUAAUCAAAAUGAUGUCGGAGAUUUUGAAAUGUGAGGAUGAUAUGAUAUCAUUCGACUUACACCGAAUUGUAGAAAAGUAUCCAGAUAUAACGGAGGAUCAGUUGCAUAGAUUGCUGAGUCUGCGUGGAGAUUUGCCAAGGUCAGAACUAAAAGAAAAGGUUCUUUUUGUUACAAAGACAUCAAAACCGAAAAGUCCACAACCUCCAAGUAUUUUUAGGGAAUUGAUAUUGCCUGAUAGAAUUUUAAAUUGGUAACAGAAAUAUAUAAUUAUUAAGUAUGUAUUAAAUCAAAUUAAUAUCCAUUUAAUAUUUAUUAUUUAAAUGUCACAAUG